AUGGAGGCGCUGGGGAAGCUCAAGCAGUUCGAUGCCUAUCCCAAGACUCUGGAGGACUUCCGGGUCAAGACCUGCGGGGGCGCCACGGUGACCAUCGUCAGUGGCCUUCUCAUGCUGCUACUGUUCCUGUCCGAGCUGCAGUAUUACCUCACCACUGAGGUGCAUCCAGAGCUCUACGUGGACAAGUCACGGGGAGAUAAACUGAAGAUCAACAUCGAUGUCCUUUUCCCGCACAUGCCUUGUGCCUAUUUGAGCAUCGACGCCAUGGAUGUGGCUGGGGAGCAGCAGCUGGAUGUGGAACACAACCUGUUUAAGAAACGACUAGACAAGGAUGGCAUCCCCGUGAGCUCAGAGGCCGAGCGGCAUGAGCUGGGGAAAGUCGAGGUGACGGUGUUUGACCCAGAUUCCCUGGAUCCUGACCGCUGUGAGAGCUGCUAUGGUGCUGAGUCGGAAGACAUCAAGUGCUGCAACACCUGCGAAGAUGUGCGGGAGGCCUAUCGCCGGCGCGGCUGGGCCUUCAAGAACCCAGACACCAUUGAGCAGUGCCGGCGCGAGGGCUUCAGCCAGAAGAUGCAGGAGCAGAAGAACGAAGGCUGCCAGGUGUAUGGCUUCUUAGAAGUGAACAAGGUGGCCGGAAAUUUCCACUUUGCGCCUGGAAAGAGCUUCCAGCAGUCUCAUGUGCAUGUUCAUGACCUGCAGAGCUUUGGCCUUGACAACAUCAACAUGACCCACUACAUCCAGCACCUGUCAUUUGGUGAGGACUACCCAGGCAUUGUGAACCCCCUGGACCACACUAAUGUCACUGCACCCCAAGCCUCCAUGAUGUUCCAGUAUUUUGUGAAGGUGGUUCCCACAGUGUACAUGAAAGUAGAUGGGGAGGUGCUGAGGACAAAUCAGUUCUCUGUGACCAGGCAUGAGAAGGUCGCCAAUGGGUUGCUGGGAGACCAAGGGCUUCCCGGAGUCUUCGUGCUCUACGAGCUCUCACCCAUGAUGGUGAAGCUGACAGAAAAGCACAGGUCCUUCACCCACUUCCUGACGGGUGUGUGCGCCAUUAUUGGGGGCAUGUUCACAGUGGCUGGCCUCAUCGAUUCACUCAUCUACCACUCAGCCCGCGCCAUCCAGAAGAAAAUUGAUCUAGGGAAGACAACGUAGUCCUCUUCUUCCCCUGUGGUUCAUCUUUCUCCUGUUUCUCUUCAGCCUAUCGUUAUAUCCCUCAGCCUCUUCUGUCCCCCACACUCUGCCUCCCCAGCCCCAGGGUGAUAAAUAUUGUGAUAGUA